UUUCUUCUUGUUCGAAAAUGGAGGUGUUCUACUACAUGGUCUUUGGUGUAUUGGCCGCGGUGGUGGCGGCACUGGAGCUGAGCAAGAGCAACAAGGACAGAAUCAACACAUCUUCCGCCUUCAAUUCCUUCAAGAACAAUUACCUUAUCGUCUAUUCCCUCAUGAUGGCUGGAGAUUGGUUGCAAGGUCCAUAUGUGUACUACCUUUACAGUACAUAUGGCUACGGGAAAGGAGAGAUAGGACAGCUUUUCAUUGCUGGUUUUGGGUCUUCCAUGCUCUUUGGAACAAUUGUGGGAUCUCUAGCUGACAAACAGGGGCGUAAGAGGGCCUGUGUGACCUAUUGCAUAACCUACAUCCUGAGUUGCAUCACCAAGCAUUCUCCACAAUACAAAGUACUCAUGUUGGGCCGUGUUUUGGGAGGUAUUGCCACUUCACUUCUGUUUUCAGCAUUUGAAUCGUGGCUUGUUGCUGAGCACAACAAGAGGGGCUUUGAUCAACAGUGGCUAUCAUUGACGUUUUCAAAAGCUAUAUUUCUUGGAAACGGUCUUGUUGCUAUUGUCUCUGGGCUGUUUGGAAAUGUUCUUGUUGAUACGUUGUCUCUUGGACCUGUCGCUCCCUUUGAUGCUGCUUCAUGUUUUCUUGCAAUUGGUAUGGCCAUCAUCUUAUCUACGUGGACUGAAAAUUUUGGGGAUCCUUCUGAGAACAAGGACUUGCUUACCCAAUUCAGGGGUGCUGCUGUGGCCAUUGCAUCAGAUGAAAAAAUUGCCUUGUUGGGUGCCAUACAAUCUCUCUUUGAAGGUUCAAUGUAUACCUUUGUGUUCCUAUGGACUCCUGCAUUGAGUCCAAAUGAUGAAGAAAUUCCACAUGGUUUUAUUUUUGCAACAUUCAUGUUAUCUUCAAUGUUGGGAAGCUCACUGGCAUCUAGGUUGAUGGCUCGAGCAUCACUCCGAGUAGAGGGCUACAUGCAGAUUGUUUUUGCAGUUUCUGCUGCUUCUCUAAUACUUCCCAUUUUGACCACUUUCGUUGUGUCUCCUACAAAGGAGAAAGGUGGAGGCAUCUCAUUUGCUGGUUCCAUUCAGCUUCUUGGCUUCUGUACUUUCGAGAGUUGUGUUGGCAUAUUCUGGCCAUCUAUUAUGAAGAUGAGAUCUCAAUACAUUCCGGAGGAGGCUAGGAGCACAAUCAUGAACUUCUUCCGCAUUCCUCUAAACAUUUUUGUGUGUGUUGUGCUGUACAACGUUGAUGCAUUCCCUAUCACUGUGAUGUUUGGCAUGUGCUCAAUUUUCCUGAUGGUUGCCUGUAUCUUACAAAGGCGACUGAUGGUCAUUGCAGAAAAGCCAAAAGCAGGAGAAUGGCAAAUGAAGGAAAGGGACACUGAAUCAGAGCCAUUGAACAUCUAACUGGUGUUAUCUUAAGUUUUCUGUGGAGGCACUGAACGCGGUUGCUUCAACAUUUACUUACAUAAGGCAGUUUUCUGUCUAAUUGGCAUAAAGAUGCGAUCUAAGUGUGAAGAUAAACCUGUUGUCCACCAACCAAGGCAAAAAGGGAAUUCAAGCAGAAAAAAGAUUAGUGGAGCUAUUUCUUUUCUUUUUGUUUUUUUAAGUGUUUUUGGUAUCCAUACCGUAGUGCAUUAGAUUCCUAUUGACUAUUAAUAUUACUUGGAGGAGAAAUCUCCGUUUUGGUAGUUCUCAUGUUAUUCUUUUGAGGGCGGGAUCCACGCUUUGUCCCGUUGGGAAUAGUAUAUGUUACCUAAUGUGCCA